AAAACAAAAGAAGAAGAUGAAGCCGCUGCCUGAUUACGUCACCAUUCCGCGACGCUCACCCCAGCGUGACUGAUGUAUUUUGAGUUCUCUGUCGCCCUAAAAUGCUUAAAAAGAAGUCAAGUUGCGGCGAAAAGAAGCGGAAACACGCUUCGUCCGUUGAACGGCAUCGUGGGAGUAAACGUAGAAGCGCUGAAUGUAACGUAGAGGACUCGAAGGAGGAGCUCGCCGAAUCAGAGCUGGACAGGGUCGGCAGUGACAUCGAGGAAGGGGGACUGGAUCUCGCGGUGCCAUUUGAGCCCAUCACCGCUUAUACGAGCGACAAAAAAGAGAUGUUGGAGCAGUGCUUCCGCGUGUUAGGGGAGAAGAAACUACGCAGGAUGAUUCCCGAGGAAUUCAAGGAUUGUAACCUAGAGGAAAUCCGAAAACUGUGUUGGGAUCAACUUGAACCAAUUUCGGAGCGAAACAUCAUGCAGAUCCUAUCUGCGGAGCAAGUGACUAAAGAAAAUCAACCCUCAGAAAGCCAACAAGAAGACAUUGCGUCGUGCGUGAAAGACUCGACAAAAUGUGACAUCACCAAACAAGAGGCUGUUGCCUCCAGUGAGGACAGCGACGUCCUAAGCAUCAAUGCCGACACUAGUGACAUCGAUGCGCCCAAAGAUGACCAGCCCGGGGACAAAAAUGUCGAAGAGCAGUGUGUGCCGAAAGCUGAGGCCAUUCAAAGCGACAUCGACCGAAGCGUCAGUGAGAUAUUAGCGUCCAAGGACAAAGAAGCUAAAAAGGCGAGCCCAGCUUUGUCCGUCCAUGACGCUCCGGACCGUGCUGCCGCCUCUGUUAGCGCUGCGACAUGUACGCCAUCACUUCGGCAGCUGGAACUUCUUGAAUUGGAGAUGAGGGCGCGCGCUAUAAAGGCAUUGAUGAAAGCAAGCAAUGGGAAAGCAGCUAGCUAGGGAUAAAAUGCUAUAGUACGGAAAGUAUUCAUAGCGCUUCAAUUUUUCCACAAAAUGGAAUAAAUUAGUGAAUUUUUUAUUUUUUUUUUAUGUUUGCAAAUUUAUUAAAACUGAGAACUCCCAUUUACAUAAAUAUUGACUGCCUUUGCUCAAUACUUUGUUAAUGCACCUUUGGCAGCAAUUACAGUUUCAAGUUUGUUUUAAUACGAUGCCACAAGCUUGGCACACUUAUACUUGGGCAGUUUCGCACAUUUAUCUCAAGCUCCAUCGGGUUGGAUGGGAAGUGUUGGUUUUCAUCUAGGAUGUCUCUGUACAUUGCUGCAUUCAUCUUAGUCUAGUCAGGGAGGUGACCAAGAACCCGCUGGUCACUCCGUCAGAGCUACAACAUUCCUCUGUGGAGAGAGGAGAACCUUCCAGAAGGACAACCAUCUUUGCAGCAAUCCACCAAUCAGGCCUCUAUGAUAUAGUGGCCAGACAGAUGCCAUUUCUUAGUAAAACCGUUGCCAAAAUGAUCUUGAAAGACUCAGACCAUGAGAAACAAAAUGUUGUGGUCUGAUGAGACAAAGAUUGAACUCUUUGGCGUGAAUGCCAGGCGUCAUGUUUGGAGGAAACCAGGCACUGCUCAUCACCAGGCCAAUACCAUCCCUACAGUAAAGUAAGGUGGUGGCAGCAUCAUGCUGUGGGGAUGGUUUUCAGAGGCAGGAGCUGGAUAAAGGGAAAUGAGAAUGCAGCAAUGUACAGAGACAUCCUGGAUGAAAACCUGAUGGAGCUUUAAAGGUGCUGCAUAGGGAAAUUUGCGAAACUGCUCAAAGAAGGUUGUGCCAAGCUUGUGGCAUCGUAUUCAAAACGACUUGAGGCUUAUUGAGCAAAGGCUGUCAAUACUUAUGUACAUGUGACUUCUUAGUUUUAAUACAUUUGCAAACAUUUUUUUUCACAUUUAUACCAUGUUGGAAUGAGGCUGUAACAUAUCAAAAUGUGGAAAAGGUGAAGCGCUGCGAAUACUUUCCAUAUGCACUGUACUUGUUAUGAUAUCUUAUCUAAAUGUUUCAUAUCUAAUCACCCAAAAAUGGACCAUUCUAAGCUCUCGGCCCUCAGGUUUACACCACCAUGUCUUUUAGUUUCCUCCCAUCCGAGUGCAGCUGGGAUAGGCUCCAGCCCCCCUUCGAUCCCAAAAGGGACAAGCAGUAGAAAAUGGAUGAAUGGAUGUUUUUUUUAAAUGAGCUGUUGUAAAUAAAAAACUAAACGCCA